AUGCUAGUUUCUCUGUUCGAACGAUGUAUGAAGCGUCGUGGGGUGAAGGAAACUGAUCCGUUUGACUGGGAAAGCAACAAUGAGUACUGUGCCGGUGAAUCUAAAGGUAGUCUCAAUACAGCGAUACCAAAGAGCGAACUCAUUAAAAAACCCAAGGAUAUGGAGAUGGUUGAGGAGAAACGUAAACUUAACACAGACACGGUAAAGGUGCUGCACACAGAGCCAAUCGAAACGAUGAAGCCGCAAAAUGCGAACGCAAUUUCUCACGCGGCGGUCAUAUCCGUUGCUGUAAAGGCGACUCAGAACAAUAAUAACAACAAUACAAACGAACCCAAUAUUGAGUCACCUAAAGUGGAUGGAUCACUUCCGGCGAUAGAUCCGGUGAUGGUGGUUGUAAAGGGUUUAAUCUCAUUUCCUAUUUACCAGAACGAAAUCCCGUUGGUACGGGCUCAUACGGAGGUGAUGACGAAAUCAUCCAAGCAUGGUAACAGCAGGCUGCGAAUACUGACCGCGCCACCAGUCAACAUUAAAGACUUGACGUCGUCAAUCGACAGCACGCACCCGUCACCCCAAAAGCAACACCAUCAACAUCACCAACAUACGCAUCUACAACAACAUUCGCAGCACUAUCAGUUUCCGCAUUUGAGUGACGUGAACAACGUAUCUUUGGAUCAGAAAUCGAAGGUCUUGAAAACGGAGGCAGAUGAACUGUCGUACUCACCCGGGGAUGGCAUUUUUCGUGAACUCACUCAACACUGCCACUCGGGCACGAGUGGAAUUAUGACCGCCUCACAGAAGCAGCAUGCGCAUCAGCCGCAACAGCACCACCAUUCCCAGCAGCUUCAACGACAAAGUCAGACACUUGGUAAGAGCAUGCGCUCGCAUGCUGUCGCAACGACAGCUAUCAGCACCACUCCUCGAUACAGUAUGCGAAACGAUGAAAAGAGUUGUCGGGACUACUCGAUCACGCAGCACGCUAUCAUCGACGAUGAAAACGCUAGUCAACACCAGACACCCAAAUACCAGGGUGCGCUUACGCUUGCAUCACAAUGGAAGAGCCAGUUCGACGACUCAGACGACUCAACCGAUGGUCUCUGGAAGGGUGAACAACAUUCCGAAAACGCGUCAAAGAAAAACUAUAUCAAUACCAACAAAGGUAACAACGUUGCCACCGGUAUUAAUCAACCUGCGCUGCCUUCACAACUGCAGCAACAGUCGAAUGGUCAGUUGGCCGUGAAUCCAUCUAUCAACCAGCUCUCGCAGCAACAGCUACAAAAUCCAAUUAACCAUAACACUUGCAGUAAUGAACCAAAGCAAUGCGCCAACAUCAUUGAUAACGAUAGUCAUCACAAUCAAGUGGAGGAAACUGAAGCACCACCAUCGUUACCUCCGCCGCAUCCAUCGCCGCCGCCACCAAUUGAUAAUUACAAGUACGCAGUGGUAACAUUCGGAGAUGAGGCAGCUGCCAAUGAAACACUUGCUGUUGAAGGUGGACAUGGAGUUGCAAGUAGCCUGGUGUCGUCUACUCUGACCACGGCAACCGUGUCAGCUUCUAUUUUGGCAGUACCACUACUAUGCGAUAUAGAUAAUGCCAUCGAUGAAGCUCCUCCUCUGUUUCAGUACGACCACAAUGGUACGAUUAUCGAAGACGGUGGGAUGAAGGACGACAGCAAAAGGCCAGUUAUGAUCGGUGCAACUUCCAAUUUUGUCCCAACCGAAGUAACUGCCGGUAGUAGCGCAGAACUUGCUGGCAAUGUUCAAUAUUAGCUCAUAUUACUGGCUACUGCAAUUGAAGAACAGAAAACAAUAAAACAAAAAUCUCAAAACAACUCACAAAUAUGACAAACACUAAACCAAAAAAUGAUAAAAUACGCUAGUGUAAAAAAUAGUGUUAUGGAACUAGCGACAUAACAUAAUAUUUUUAGAUGAAUAGAGGACAAAGAGACGCCCACGACGUAGCAUAUUCACCCAAUAAGAAACUAUAAGAAAACAUAAGUAAAUAUAAAACAUUUCACUAAGCUUCGUAUAGGUUAUGCGGACUUUAAAUAAGUUUGGGCGGAUGAAAAAAAAGGUGGAUUACUGAAAAAGUAAGUAACGAAGCCGUGAGCAAAACAUGUAAAAAGAAUCAAUGAGCCACAUGUAACAUGUGCCGAAUAAACAGUGAAUGGGAAUAAAACAACGAAAACCAAGAACGUAUAACAAAGAAAAUCAAAUUGAAACGCUCACAUAAAAUCAAAUCGGAUAACAGCAUACCAAUAGUGGUAUAAAACGUAAAUAUCUGAAAUAAAACAAAUGGUACUUAAUAUUUACUGCUUGUAAUAAUAAUGCAAAAAUCAAAAUUAUCUAAGGCAUGUUUUUUCUCAUUUCAAUGCAAGAGCAUUUGAAUUGGUGUAAAAC